AUGGAUGGAACCAACAACACGACCGACUUCUGGUCCCAGCUGCUGGACAGCCCCCCAAACAACACAAAUACCCACAACUCCACCGGGGUGGAGGAUGAGGAAGAGGAGGUCAAGCUGAGCUACCAGAUCGUCACCUCGUUCCUCCUGGCCACGCUCAUCCUGUGCGCCAUCUUCGGGAACGCGUGCGUGGUGGCGGCCAUCGCCUUGGAGCGCUCCCUGCAGAACGUGGCCAAUUACCUCAUUGGCUCCCUGGCCGUCACGGACCUCAUGGUGUCCGUGCUGGUGCUGCCCAUGGCGGCGCUGUACCAGGUGCUGAACCGCUGGACCCUGGGCCAGAUCCCGUGCGACAUCUUCAUCUCGCUGGACGUGCUGUGCUGCACCUCGUCCAUCCUGCACCUGUGCGCCAUUGCGCUGGACCGCUACUGGGCCAUCACGGAGCCCAUCGAGUACAUGAACAAGAGGACACCGCGCAGGGCCGCCGUGCUGAUAGGGGUCACCUGGCUAGUGGGCUUCUUCAUCUCCAUCCCCGCGAUGUUGAUCAUGCGCUCGCAGCCCGGCAGCGUGGCGGAGGACCGCGCCAACCCCAAGCAGUGCCGCAUCCGGCAGGACCCCUGGUACACCAUCUACUCCACGUUCGGCGCCUUCUAUAUCCCGCUGGUGCUUAUGCUCGUGCUGUACGGGCGCAUCUUCAAAGCCGCACGCUUCCGGAUCCGGAGAACCGUGCGCAAGUCGGAGAAGAAGAAAGUGGCGGAUUCGUGUUUGGCGCGAUCUCCGGCUCUGUUCCACAAGAAAAUCGGUAGCGGUGGUGGUGGUGGCGACGCGGGGGGCGGCAAAAGUUGGAAGCGCAGCGUGGAGCCCAAGCCGCUGUCGAGCAGCGCGAACGGCGCGGUGAAGCACGCGGAGGACGGCGAGUCGCUGGAGAUCAUCGAGGUGCACAGCAGCUCCAAGCAUAGCCUGCCGCUGCCCAACGCGCCCAACUGCGCGCCGCUCUUCGAGAACCGACACGAGAAAGCGACCGAGGCGAAGCGCAAGAUCGCGAUGGCGCGCGAGCGGAAAACGGUGAAGACGCUGGGCAUCAUCAUGGGGACGUUCAUCCUGUGCUGGCUCCCAUUCUUCAUCGUGGCGCUGGUCAUGCCCUUCUGCCUGGGGUCGUGCUACAUGCCGCGGUGGCUGGAGGCCGUGAUCAGCUGGUCGGGGUACUCCAACUCCCUGCUCAACCCCAUCAUCUACGCCUACUUUAAUAAAGACUUCCAGAGCGCCUUCAAGAAGAUAUUGAACUGCCACUACUGCAAGCAGUGA